AACUAGUAUGCUAGAUUUGUUUUUAUAGUCCAUCACCAUGGACUAUGAAGAAAACUCCAUUGAAGGAACAUCAGCUUAUGUAGAACCCAUAACUCCUCUGAUCUCUAAAGGAGACAGUGGAAUCAUUGCAAUAUCUCCACUCUGUGACCACUACAAUGAUCACAUGAGGAUUGAUUCUCUUCCUACUUGUUCCGAUGAAGAAAUCAUUGAGGCUUUGUAUCAAAACAUCUUUAGUAUUGUACUCAGCCUUCAAAUAGAGGAAUCUGGUUGUGGUUCUCACACACCUGUCUCUGCGCCUUGCCCUGGAGCUCCAAUGAAGCUUACCAAGUUAUCAAGAAACAUCGAUCCAGGAUUCCAACGAAAACUCUUCUGACAUGACAUUGCUUCUGUGUUCGAUUUCGAACAUUGGAUUUAACUUUCUUGCACAAGACUUUGUGGUAAUUGUGUACUCUGUUGGGGGAAAUAGUUGGUGUUGUAUUUGUGUUCAUGUGUAUUGUGUAGGUUGGAUUGUGAUCAAAUCUGGAAAUGCCCACUAAGAGUAUUUUGCAUCUAGAAAAUAUCAUCACUGGAGUUGCAAUAUCAGGGAAUAAGAAAAGAUCUUAGGUAAA